AUGUUAUUGAAGAUGAGCAAAAGGGUCCAACCAAGGUCCAUCAUCCGCCACCAUCACCGCCUGCUCCGCCACUGCCUCCACCGUGUCCAUCAUCGUAAGGGAAGAUCAUCUACAACGAAAAUUAAAUCGCUCGUCGUGAUUGCUUCGAUAAUAAGCAAGUCCGUUCACGAAUGCAGCCGUCGCCUCAUCAAGUUUUUCUCCAAGUUGGCACGCAGAAGACACCACCAAAGCCUACCAUUCCUUGAGCAGGAAGAGACCCUCUUCGAAGCCGGCGUUGACCCUGGACUUAAACUUGAAUUCGAGAGCAGCUUUGCUAUGCCUCUGGUUCUCGUCUUAAACGAGCACCUUCAGCUGCUUCCUCCAUUAGCUUCGGAUAAAAAGAGAACCAUCGUUCUUGACCUGGACGAGACCCUGGUGCAUUCAAGCCCUGACCCGCCUCCACCACUGUAUGAUUUCACAAUUAAACCAAAUAUUGAUGGGGAAAGAAUGAACUUCUACGUGUUGAAACGACCCGGGGUCGAUGAAUUCUUGGAAGCAAUCAGUAAGAAGUACGAGGUGGUGGUGUUCACAGCAGGGCUCGAGCCAUAUGCCUCAAUGCUGCUUGAUAUUCUAGACCCCAAAGGCCUGAUAUCUCACCGUCUUUAUAGGGAUUCAUGCAAGCAAGUGGGAGGAAGAUUCGUGAAGGACUUGGCGAAGAUGGGGAGAGACCUUGGAAAAGUUGUGAUGGUUGAUGAUAACCCAAAUUCAUAUUAUUUGCAACCUGCAAAUGCAAUCCCCAUAAAGCGAUUUGAAGAUGACGUUGAAGACAGGGAAUUGGAGAAGCUGCUGGGGUUCUUCGAGAGGUAUUGUGAUGGCUUUGAUGACAUGAGAGAUGCGGUUAAGCAGUACCUUGGGGGUGCCACAAUGCGCACUGGACAGUGCAAGAGAUCUAUUUAA